CGUUAGAGUAAUUAUUAACUGAGUUAUGACACAAUGUCGGUGUGCGCAGGGCGGCUCGUGCGGCCGGGAGCCUAUAAAUGAGCAGCGCGUGCGCCGGGCCUCCGUUUGCAGCCAUGCGGGCGGUGCGGGUGUUGCGGGUGUGGUGGACGCUGAGCAUGGCGCUCUGGACUCUGUCUGCACUUCUCCCAGUAGGGAGAAGUUUCAGUGCCGAGAAGCCUCUGCACUGUUCGAUUGGCACCAGGAGGUGUAAAGACGGCCUGCAGUGUGUACCUUACAUCCAUGUGUGUGAUGGAGAGAAAGACUGUAAUGAUGGCUCUGAUGAAGAGGACUGUGCCACGGAGUGCAGCGUCGGGCAGUUCCAGUGUGCUCAUGGUAUGAUGUGUAUAGAGAAGAAGCAGUUGUGUGACGGUGUAACACAGUGCCAGGACCGAUCAGAUGAGGUGGACUGCUUUAACCCGGUUGAGGGCUGCAUCCAUCGCUGCGAUAAAAAGCGCUGCCUCUCUGAACAGUUUAUCUGCGACGGAGAAGCUGACUGCGACGACGGCAGCGAUGAAGCUGACUGCGGCAAGGGGAGCUGCAGCAGUGUAGAAUUUCAGUGCCGAAGUGGUCAGUGUGUGUCCAUCAGCAUGCACUGUGAUGGUUCGUCAGACUGUAGAGAUCACUCGGAUGAGGACGGGUGCAUCUCGCAGGUCACAUGUGCUGACGAUCAGCGACGAUGCCAAGACAACCAGCAGUGUGUGCUGCAGGAGUGGCUCUGUGAUGGAGAGAAUGACUGCAAGGACAUGUCAGAUGAACAGAACUGUACAGAGUCUGCAGUGCAGUGUGGGGAGUUUCAGUGGCUGUGUGCAUCUCAGACUCAGUGCGUUCCUCAGAGCUGGCGCUGUGAUGGCACCAGAGACUGCAGAGACCAGAGCGAUGAGGCUGGAUGUGAACCUGUGUCUUGCCCUCCUGAUCAGUUCCAGUGUGACAGUUCAGAGUGUUUGGACCCUUCACUCCUCUGUAACGGUGCUGCUGACUGUGCAGACCAAUCUGACGAGGGUGGAGACUGCAAGAGUGACGCAUGUUCUGACCAAUCACAGUGUGCGCAGAGCUGCUACAGCACACCCAGAGGAACACGCUGCUGGUGCAGGAAAGGCUACGAGCCGGUGGCUGACAGUGCGGAGUGUGUGGAUGUGGACGAGUGUGUGAAGACUCCAGAUGUGUGUGAUCACACCUGUGAAAACUCAGAUGGCUCGUACGAGUGCUCCUGUAAUCAGGGUUACGUUCUGGACCCUGACGGACACAGCUGUAAGAUUACAGGUGUGGCGUACCUGUUAGCCUCAAUACAGUCCGACGUCUUCCUCAUCAGCCUCAGGAGCUCAACCCAGAAUGUUCUCACCACUGAGAAGCAGCCUGUCCCAUCUCUGGAUUAUGACUGGAAGGAGCAGAAAGUGUAUUGGAUAAAUAUGGACGCUGAGGCUGUGAUGUGGACUACGCUGGACCAGACGAGUAGAGGAACGCUGAUCCAAGGAGUCAGGACAGAGUGCGUAGCAGUGGACUGGGUGGGGCGGAACCUGUACUGGACAGACAGAAGGGAAGGACAAAUAAAUGCUGUGGGGUUGGUUGGUUUUAGGGCGGAGCCUGUGGUCAUUGUAGACGGUGUAGACGAACUGAGCUCAUUGGCUCUGCUACCUCAAAAAGGCGUGAUGUUCUGGUCAGAAAUGGGCGAUGAAGCUCAGAUUGAGAGAGCAGGGAUGGACGGCUCAAACAGGCGAGUGUUGGUGCGUCGUUCUCUGCGCUGGCCCGUGGGUUUAGCAGUAGAUCUGCUUCAGAACCGGAUCUACUGGACCGAUGAGAAACUGCACUGUAUUGGCUCAGCCACGCUGGAUGGAGAUGAUGUUAAGAUCCUGCAACUGAUGGAGACUCGCAGUCCAUUCUCCUUAGCAGUGUUUGAAGAUUUGGUUUACUGGACUGACACAGGCAGAAGAACCAUUCAGAAGGCUCAGAAGGUGACUGGAAAGCAGCAACAGGUUCUGCUCAAACGGCUCAGCCAGCCGCUUGGGCUCAAGGUGAUGCAUGCCCUGCUGCAGCCGAGUGCCGAGAACCCGUGUGUGUUAAAGCGCUGCUCUCACCUGUGUGUCUUGGCACCUGGACAGAGUGCAGUGUGUAAAUGUCCUUCUCAACUCCUGCUGGAUGAUGAACAGACGUGUUCCAAACCAGGAGAUGCAACCUUCCUUAUGCUCAUGUCCAAUACUUCAAUAUCACAGGUCUUUAUGCACAGCAGGAGAUCAGGGGUUGGUCUUCAGGACUGGCCACAGCAUCAGAGAUUUGAGCUUCCUGAAGUGAGGGCAGCUUCAGCGUUGGACCUGGUCCUGAGGGAGCAGAUGCUCUACGUCCGUGACGCAGCUGCCGGUUCUUUGGGCCUGUUUAAACUGAAGGAGGCAGUAACCUGGCAUGGAACGCUGUUUAAGCUGAGGAAGGGCUCGAUAACAGCCAUGGCUGUGGAUUAUAUCACACUAAACGUGUUCUGGAGCUCCAGAGAUCAACCUGGAGUGUGUGUGACCUCAGCAGAUGGAGCACACACUGCCCUGAUUGUUGACAAGGGCAUGGUGCACUCUGUCACUCUGCACCCUCCAACUGGGCGGCUGUGUUUCAGUAAUUCUGAGCUGCGGGGAACAGGAACUCGUCUGGAGUGCACCUACAUGGAUGGAGGGAACCACACUGUGGUUUGGGACAGAGCCAUUAAUCCGGUCUCUCUAAGCCUGUCAAAUGAUGGGACCAGGCUUUACUGGGUUGACACUAGUCUAGGGCUCAUCAACUCUGUUAGAACUGAUGGAACUGAACAUAAAGUUCUCAGAAGUGAGGAGCCUGUGAUCGCGUUCACUUUAGCCAGCAAUGUCCUUGUCUGGCUCACAAAGACUGAUUCAACAAAGUGCUGGUUCAGUGAGGAUCAUCAGACAGCGACAAUGUGGUUUAAGGUGAAAGAGGAAGUGCUGGACGUCAAGGCUUUCAGCAAAUCCAGACAGAACGACACUAAUUUGUGCUCUAGAGGAAAUGGUGGCUGCAGUCAGCUCUGCUUGCCGUUUAAUGGUGGGAGGACCUGCCGCUGUGGGCGGGGUUUCAUCACCACUACUGAGAUGAGCUGUGCCCCCGACCCACAAUGCCAACAAGGCACCAUGCCGUGUCUCCGUGGAGACCAGUGUGUACGUCUGGAGCAGUUCUGCGACGGCAAUCCGGACUGUCCAGAUGACUCGGAUGAGAUCUGUGUUCAAGAUAAAUCUGUGGAAGGUGUUGAACCAAAAGUACAUACCAACUCCACAUCUCCACUUCCACCAGGUCCAAAAGCUUCUGAUGGCCCUGUUUUAGUGAAGAACAUGGACUCCAGCAUUAACGUGUCUCCGAAAUCCUCUCAUCCGUUUGUUCCUGAUGCGGUGGACAGUCCUAAAUCUCCCAAGCCUGACUCGAAUGACGUGAAGGUGGAAGGUGUGGACUCGGAGUCGUGUGAGGCCAGGAUGUGUAGCGGGAACGGCGAGUGUGUGCUGAGGGACGGACAGAUGAGCUGCGAGUGUGCACUGGGUUACGGAGGAGAGAGCUGUGAGCUUGAGGUUGGAGGGAUGAUGCAGGGGCCAGUUCUUUACGCCGCCGUGGGACUGGCUGUGGGGGUCAUUGUCCUCGGCGUGAUUGUCGGGAUCGUACGGAAGAAGAAGGCUGCAAAUCGGAGGCAAGCAAGACCGAUCGUGAGGGAGACUAGUCUGCGGGAUCUGUCGAACAGAGCAGAGACUACACCCACACACCAGAACAGCAGAUCGUCAGACCCUGAGAACCCGGAGGUCCGCUAGAGAUAAAGACCUCUGGAGUUCAAUGCACUUCCCUGCUGAUUUUAGUCUCAACUCUGAUUUCCUCUCAGCCACAGGAUGUGAGGUCAUGUCCAGCUUCCUUUGCAGUGUGAAAUAAAGUUGCUGCUGUUUGAGCAUGGCUUUUGAAAGUUAUUUGAGAUGAAAUUUCCUUGUGACUCCAUUGAACAAAAAAUAGAGUUAAGGCUAACAGUAAAGAUGUGCUUGAUUUUGCUGUAAACCAAUAGGCAAGGUCCAAAACCCCUUUAA